UUCAAUACUAGUUCCUCGUACAACACACCCAAAGCGAACGAAUCUGAGUCUGAAGCCCUCGAACCCAUCGAUACUCUCUCUCUCUCUCUCUCUCUCUCUUUCUCUGUGACUCUGUGUUUGUAGUUGUAGUAACUAAAAAUGCUGAGGCUGUAACUAAAUCUGCUGUACUAUACUUGUAGUUUUAAUUUUCUUUUUAAAAUUAUAUUUCUUUAUUAAAAAAAAAAAAAAACAGAAAAUGGCUUCCAUUUCUUCAAGCCCUCGCACCGUCGAAGAGAUCUUCAAAGACUACACCGCUCGUCGCUCUGCUCUCCUUCGUGCUCUCACCUACGAUGUGGACGAAUUCUACACGCUUUGCGAUCCAGAGAAGGAGAAUUUGUGUUUGUACGGACACCCAAACGAGUCAUGGGAGGUGACUUUGCCGGCGGAGGAAGUUCCGCCGGAGCUUCCCGAGCCGGCUUUGGGGAUCAAUUUCGCGAGAGAUGGGAUGAAGCGUAUGGACUGGCUUUCGUUGGUUGCGGUGCACAGUGAUUGUUGGUUGCUCUCUGUGGCUUUCUACUUUGGUGCACGGCUUAAUCGAAAUGAGAGGAAGCGUCUAUUUAGCCUGAUAAAUGAUCUGCCCACAGUCUUCGAAGUUGUAACUGGAAGGAAGCCUACAAAAGACAAGCCUAGUGUGGAUGGUGGAAGCAAAUCUAGGAAUAACACAAAGAGAUCAAUUGAUGGGCAGAUGAGAAGCAAUGCUAAGUUACUUGAUGAAAGUUAUGUUGGAGAGGAUGAAGAUGAGCACAGUGAAACUCUUUGUGGGAGCUGUGGUGGAAAUUACAGUGCUGAUGAGUUUUGGAUUGGUUGUGAUAUCUGCGAGAGGUGGUACCAUGGGAAGUGUGUGAAGAUAACUCCAGCCAAGGCAGAAACCAUCAAGCAGUACAAAUGCCCUACUUGCAGCACCAAGAAAGGCAGGCCUUAGUAUCUGAUGUAAAUCUUUUGGAGGGGUUUACCUCAUUGUUUUAGUCACUGAUAUUGUUGUAAUGCAGUGCUGGUAUAUGUCGUAGGCUUUUGGGUAGCAUAAUACUUAUCCUUAACAGGUACUCUUGGUUGAAGUUUGAAUUGUCCACUUCUACAAUGCAUAUUCCUUUUAUGUAUUUCUUUGUCUAAUAUAGAUGUCGUUUUAUGAUAA